AUGGCGCCGCCCACACAAACUAGCUACGUGGGCUUCCAGCGCGGGACAGAGGAUCAUUCUACUCCUUCGUUCGUCCAAACGAGACCACGCGAAGCUCUAGUCGGAGAUGACAUUGUCAAAGGCUGUGCCACCAAGAGCAUGUGUGUGGAUCCUUCUCCGCUGCUGUUGUCCAAAAUAAGGCCUCUGGAUUGCUGUGAGGGAGACUUCUGCAACGGGAGCACAAGCAUCAGCACCAAUCUCCUGCUGAUCUCCACCAUGUUUGUCACAGCAGCUGCAGCAGUAGUGAGACAACACAAAGUUCUUCAGAGGGAGUGGUUUCAGAGGAUAAAAGCUCCAUGGGGCAGCAGACGCACCAGAGACACCAUCUCCAACAUGCAUCUGUUCAUCCUCACCGCCGUGCUCCUGCUGCUGCCACAAGCUUCAACUCUGAAAUGCUCCGAGUGCACAGGCAACAGUGGCUGCACUGAAAUGCAGUGUGCGGCUGACAAGAAUCGAUGUGGAGCACUCCGGAUGAGCACUUACGCUGGAAGCACGGAACUCACCGACAUAACAAUCAAAUCCUGUAUUGCGCCGCAUGACUGCGUCCAAGGCUCAAUGAACAUUGGAAUAACAAGAGUUGUUAUCAACAGCGACUGCUGCAGUACAGACAUGUGCAACAACAAAACUCCAGGUCUCCAAAAGACUACGCCCAACGGGAAGAAGUGUUAUGUCUGUGACGUAAGCGGAGACUGCAGCGCCACCUUGAACUGUGAGGGGAAUGAAGACCAGUGCCUCAAAUCCACAGUGGCAGCUGCAGGUCAGACCAUGACCAUGAAGGGCUGUAUCUCCAAGAGCCUGUGCCAGUCCAGCAGCAUACAGAUCCCAGGCAUGAGCACCGACAGCCACUGCUGUGAGGGCAACCUCUGUAACGGAGUGAGUGGGGUCAGUGCCAGCCUCCUGGUGCUGGCCACAACACUGAUCUCAUUCCUGCUGCUCUCCAACUGA